AUGUAUGCAGUUCGUUCAUUACUUGACAAUACUUAUGUCAUAGAUGUUGAACCACCGACAUUUAAGCCUGGAACGUGUCCAAGUAUAGUUAUAGCGGGCACUGAUACAGGUCUGAACUCUACCAAAGUUAGUUGGACACCGCCGGAAGUGAUGGAUAAUAGUAACAAGGCUAUAAGAGACAGUCGAACCAUUUAUUCACCUGGUAACAGACUUACUGCCGGUAUAUAUUCAGUAUGGUACGGAGCACGAGAUGCCGCCGGGAACAUGGCUUUAAACAACUGUUCAUUUAAAGUUAUUGUAAGAGAAAUAAAAUGUUCCAAACUUUACCCUACACCAUACCUUCACAUUGAUUGUCCCCAUGGUUACCGUUCUGGUGCAAGGUGCAACAUCUCCUGUGAUCCUGGCAAGGUGUUGGUCGGCUCAGAUUAUGUUGGUUGUAACAGACACCUGACACAAUUAUACGGUGUCUGGAACUGGAAAGGAAAAGAACAGUCUACUUGCAUCAAUGGCCGAGCGUGUGUAGCUCUUCCGCCACCUACAAACGGUGCGGUAGUGUGUGACAACUGGGAAGGAGGACAGUUUUGUCAAGUGCAGUGUAAGAAUGGUACACAAAUGUCGAGCGUUAGUUUAAAUAAACUAUACGUGUGUCUAGGUCAGAAAGGUGAAUGGUCAAGUGAACCACCGAAAGUGAAAACAUGUAAAGCGGCACGAGGACACGUAAGCUCCCAACAUCUAGGGUUAGAAGUGUACUUCUACUUUGACGGAGACUGUACUGACCCCGGAACCCGACAACAAAUUGCCAACAAUUUUAUUGAACGGAUGAAAGUUAGCCUCUAUCAAGCAGAAGCGUGUCCAGACUCUAUAGAAUGUAACAAAGGCAAUGUUCAGAUCACAUGUGGAGAGUCCAAUAGGAAGAAAAGAAACGCUGACUCCAAGAACAUUCUUGUUCUUACUGCAAAAUUACCAGUUACAAUUCCUAGCAACGAAAGUUUGUAUACAGCGGGGAAGAGGUACAAUACACUUCUAGACAGCGUAAAGGAUAUUCUAACUAAAGACGUUGAAGCCAUCUUCGGUAAUACGACCGUCUCUCAAAAGGACUUUGUGACAAAGGGAUUGCAAAUAGAAUGUCCUAAAGGUUCAGUGAAGUCGGAACAAAGCUGGGACUGCAUUGACUGUCCUGAGGGUACGUUUUAUACAAGUUGGUCGGAUUCACCUAAAUGUGAGGUUUGUAGAAAGGGAACAUUUCAAGACAAAGCGGCUCAGCUGUCCUGCGUACGUUGUCCACUUGGAAAAACAACACAUGGUGUUGGGGCGACAUCUGUUCAUGAUUGUGAAGAUGCAUGUUUACCAGGAACAUAUUCCUACGACGGCCUCUUACCAUGUUCUCCUUGCGAACAGGGACAUUACCAAACAUCUUAUGGGCAGACAUUUUGCCGGCCAUGUCGUGGCUCAAAGUCUACAUUAACAUUUGGUGCGAACUAUGCUUCAGAUUGUGAAGAAUUUGACAUUCAGUUGAUUGGUGACGACCAGUCAGAAAUACAUAUGCAAACCAAUGUAACAAUUAAAGAGUUCACACUAUCAUUCUGGUAUCAAAACACGGUCACUAACAACUCGAGUCAUGACAAAUAUCCAACUAUAACAUUAUCCAAUAACAGAAACGAUGCUGUCUGGAUAUGGGAAGGACUGAGCACUGUAAUAAAGAAUAAGAGUAUUGGAAGUACAGUUAACUUCGGUCUUCCCGACACACGAUGGCACUAUAUCACCUUAUAUAACAGUGGUAAAUGUACGGUAUCAGUGUCUAUAGAUGGUAUGGUUUUACCUGUAGAGGAUACUAUCGGAGCUUGCACAGACGUAGAUUUCAACUCUGUUUCUAUAACUGCAGACAACGAAACUAGUGGAAGUAUCUCACAGCUUAAUAUAUGGCAUGGUAGACAUCAGACAGGAUAUAAACAUAGAUGUUUUACAAAUGAUGUUGGCGAUGCUUUCUCCUGGAAGGCCAUGGAAGAAGCUGAAUUCACAGGAGCAUAUAUGGAUAUUCCCAGCCAGUGUGAUGAUUUCGACAAUUGUGUUUCUUCGCCUUGUCUCCAUGGUUCAUGUACUGACGUGCUACACGGGUUCACAUGUACUUGUGAUAAAGGAUAUCGUGGAACUCAAUGUGAAGUAAAUAUUGAUGAUUGUGAAGCAAAUAUUUGCAUGAACAAUGCAACAUGUAUUGAUGACGUCGCAAACUACUCCUGUUCAUGUACAUCUACCUUCACUGGACAGUAUUGUGAGAUAGAAAUGGUGGAUGGUGAAUGGAGCGAGUGGGGAAACUGGUCUGACUGUUCUACAACAUGUGGUGAUGGAGAAAGAACAAGAAAGCGUCUGUGUAACAAUCCUGCACCUGAUAAUGGCGGGGAAGAUUGCCAUGGAGACGCUCUUGAUUUUAUAAACUGUAACAACACCGACUGUCCAGUAUGUCCUGAAAUACAACCUCCAGGAAAUGGAUCUAUAGAUUGUGUGAAUGAUACAGAUAGUAUUAACUGUACAAUGUCUUGUGAUGACGGUUUUGACUUCGAUAUAGAACCUCUUCCACUAUAUUACUGCGGACCUCAAACAUCCCAAGAAUGGAACUUUCAGAAUGACGAAAACCCUGACAGAAGGAUACCAAGUUGUGUCGAAAUAAAAGUACCAGAAGAGAUGACGGUGAUGUACUCUGCACAUUAUGAAGAUCUUUAUUGUGCAAAUCAGGACCUUGAAGACUUUGCAGUAAAACAGAUAGAUCUCAGAGUGAACAUGAUGCUGUCAAAUGUAGCAUGUUUAGUACAAAACACGUGCUCGUUGAAUUACGUAAAGACAAUUGAUUGUGACAGUAAAAGUAAAGAUCGAAGGCGACGCUCUACUGGAACUACAGCCGGCUUCAGUUUACAGAUAAAAACUAAUCCAACUGAAGGAAAUCAAAAUGAAACCAUGCGAGACCUUGAGGACGCUUUUAAAAACAUCCAGAAUGCAGCAGAUUCCGGUCAUCUCACAGUUCAAGUUCUUGAUGAUGACUAUGAAUUGAGAAGUAAUUCUACUGAAAUACAAGGUGACGUCAAGUGUGGACCUGGACAAACAAAAGUCAAGUUUUAUUGCGUUCCAUGUGGAAAAGGUUCAUAUCUGAAUAUAGAUAUCUGUAAACCAUGUCCAGUAGGAACUUAUCAGUCACUUGAAGCACAAUCUAGUUGUGUGAACUGUCCAACAGGAAAAAGUACCAUAGGAAUUCAGUCAACAACUAUUAAUGAAUGCACAGUGAAUGUUGUAGUGCCUCUUGAGGAAGGAUUAAAAGUCACUGGUAUCAUAGUUGGGUGUGUAUGUGCUCUCGUUGUCAUAACAGUAGCCAUAUUUGUAUACAGGAGAUACAAAUCUACAAGACCAAAACUCAUUGAGGUAUCAGAUAUUAACAUGGUUACUCGGCAAAGGUCCAGUCUUAGCCAAAAAACUAGCGAUCAUGGUCCUAAGAAUAAACAUUUCCAAGUGACUUCCAUCGCUUGUCAACCAAACUCGUCUCAAAUGCCACAACUUGACUCCGGAAAUGGAAGGAUCACUCCUGAAACUAGGACAGGUUAUCACACGAGCAGGUCGAACACGUUUGUAUCUGAAGAUGGAAAAGUUUUUCAUAGUAAACCUUGGAGAUAGAAUGUUAUUGCGUCAUGUAAUUGACGAUUUAAUUGAUCAAUGACGUCAUUCCCAAUCGAACUUAACGUUAAUGGAUAAAUUACGGAUGCUGAACUUAAUAAAUAAAAAAUCAUUGACUCUAUUUUGUUGUAGCCGACUAGUGUAAACUGAUUAAGGCUUUUGAGUGAGUGAGUGAGUGAGUGAGUUGGUGAGUGAGUGAGUGAGUGAGUGAGUGAGUGAGUGAGUGAGUGAGUCUUUUUUAUAGUGACAGGUGUUUAUGUUAAAACAAUAACAUAAAUAAUAAAA